UUGCGAUAUGACUCUUGCUCGUGUGGAUAUUCAUUUAUUAGAUCAUCAAAUAGAAUUUUUCGCAAUUGUUGGAAUAACCGGGUUUGUACUGGGUGUUUUUGUUAGUGCUAUAAUAGCUUGUAUCCUUUGCCAAUGUUGUAGGAGGAGACAUAACGUUAAUUUUGGUUAUAUGGCUAUCAACUAAGUGUAAAUUGUGAACUUAGAUGAUUUCUUUCUUCUUUCUUUCUUUUUUUAUUUGUUUAUUUUAUUUAUUUAAUUAUCUGUUAUGAAAAUUGAAUCAAAAUUAUAGGAAUCUGUAUUAUGGUAAAAUGUAAAUUUAUAAGUGUAUGUAUACGAUUAAAAAAUAAAGCCAUUU